AUGAUGGAAGAACCACUGUUGAACAGCAGCAUCCUUGAUCAAUUUAUUAAUAGCCAUGAGCAGUCAUAUGAAGAGUUUCUAAACACAUUCACUUAUCUUUUGAAAGAGGAAGAGAGGAAGACAAUUCAUGGAAGUAAAGCUGACUCCUUAAGGAAAAUAUUUUAUACUUCUGAGUUACCAAACAGAAAUAAACAGGAUGGCUCACCUGGAAGAAGCAAGAAAAUCGGAGUGUCUCUUCCACCACAGCUGCCAAAUGAGAAUGAGACAGUGAUGAGCAAGAACUGGAGAGCUGGUGGUCGUGACGAAAAUGAUCUCAGAUUGUCUGAAAGAGUGAAGAUUAGGUUUUCUUUGUUUUUCUUCAAAGCCUUACAUUUAGAAAAUAAAGACACAGAUUAAGAGACAUGCAGUGCAGGGUCAUUACUUCUCCCAGGAGAGGUGGAACAGACAGUGACUUACUGUACACCCUUUUUUGAUAAGCCCAUUCAAAUGAAGUCCAGGACCUUGUCAGUUCCCCAGCUGUUGGACAGCAAAACCCAGGAGCUACUAGGGGAUGAUGUUCACCCAUUCUCAGUUGAUGAAGAAUUUGAUUAUGACUGUGCGGCGCUGACCCCGAAGUUCUCUGAAGCUGAGCUCAAGGCCAUUAUUGACUUGUCUGAAGAGAAGAAAACAGGGACAGAUGUCAGUUCAGCAUGA